AUGGCAGCCCCCACAACAACCCGCCAAUGGAUCCUGCGCUCCAAACCAACCGCCCUCCCAACCUACACCGGCGCAAACCCCACCUUCGAGCUCCAAACCGCCUCGCUCCCCCAGCUGGGCGAGAACCAAGUCCUCGUCAAAACACUCUACCUCUCCAAUGACCCCGCCCAGCGCGGCGCCAUCUCUGCCAACGCGGACCCGAAGCGCAUGUACGCGCCACCCGUCCCCGAGGGGGCCCCCAUGCGCUCCUAUGGCAUUGCGGAGGUCGUCCAGUCAAACGCCGCCUCGCAUCCCGUCGGGACGCUGUGCAUCACGACGACGAACUGGAUGGAGUACUCGGUGCAGGAGGCGGCGCAAUGCAGGGUGCUGCAGGUGCCGGAGGGGCUGAAGGUGACGCAUCUGCUUGGGGCAUUUGGGAUGACGGGGCUCACCGCUUAUUAUGGGCUGGUGGAGGUGGCGAAGGCUGGGCCGGAGGAUACGGUGGUUGUGAGUGGGGCGGCGGGAGCGACGGGGAACAUGGUGGUGCAGAUUGCGAAGAAAAUCGUUGGGUGUAAACGGGUUAUUGGCAUUGCGGGGUCAGAGGAGAAAUGUCGCUGGGUGGAGGGGCUGGGGGCUGAUGUCUGCUUGAAUUACAAGGCCGCGUCCUUCAAUAAGGAUCUGGAGCGGGAGACGGAGGGGUUUGUCGAGGUUUACUUCGAUAAUGUGGGAGGAGACAUCCUGGAUACUAUGUUCACUCGCAUGAAGGUGCAUGGUCGCAUUGCGUUUUGCGGCGCCAUCUCAGCAUAUAACACCACGAACGAGGGCGACCCGGAUUGA